GCGUAUAGUAUAAUCACUGUUAUAUUAUUAUUGCACAAAAUUCUAAUCCUUACACGUUUUACCAAGUGCCCUAGUGAAAUGGCGACGUCCAUGUGUGGAUCAGGAGUGAUAGUUCCAAGAAAUUUUCGCUUGCUUGAGGAACUGGAACAGGGUCAGAAAGGUGUUGGAGAUGGGACAAUAAGCUGGGGAUUGGAAGAUGAUAGUGAUAUGACCCUUACACAUUGGACUGGCAUGAUUAUAGGUCCACCUAGAACGCCUUAUGAAAAUAGAAUAUACAGUUUAAAGAUAGAGUGUGGCUCACAGUAUCCUGAAGAACCUCCAUUUUGUAGGUUUCUAACAAAAGUCAAGAUGAAUGGUGUUAGUGAAAGUAGUGGUGUGGUUGAGAGAAAAUCUGUUACUGUGCUGAGUCGUUGGCAAAGAACUUACUCAAUUAAGACGGUUCUUCAAGAGCUUCGUAGAGCUAUGACACUGAAAGAAAAUCAAAGACUUAGUCAGCCACCAGAGAACUCCACAUUUUAGAAAGAAAGAACUGUUUGAAAUUCAGUAAUAAUUAGCAAUUUGUAGCUCCUGUGUUGCUUUUCAGCACAGAAUGUAUUCAAAGUGAGGACAUUUGGUUAUGAAGUCUUCAUUUUCUCUCAGUUUGAAUUGUGGACCAGCUUUGUUGCAUUAUUCAGUGAGUUUGCUUUAUUCUUUAUUCCAUGUUAAAGCAAACAUUAUAUUGAGUUCAUAAUAAAUUUAAGCCCAUGGGCUUUUGGGAACAGUAAAUGAAGCAUGGAAAAAAAUAGCUUUCAGCUCCUUUUAGGACAAAGAUGCCAAGCAAAAAGAUGUUUAUUUUUCAAAUUAGAAUAUUCAGAUAAUGGUGUUCUGUCAAGAUGGAUGUUUUCCAUAGCAGCCUCUCAGAUCUCAGAAAUCAUCAUUUUUGUGACAAAAAAAUGUCUUGUGUUGCCCUGUAUUUCAUGGUUUAUUUUAUUGAUGACAUGAUUUGUGUACUAUUUGCUGUACAAGAAUAUUUUGUAUUCAAAAAGAACUUUAACACUGAAAAUUAAAACAAAGCAUCAUUCAUGCUUAAUAUCUAACCAUUUUAUUUUACCACUAUAUUUUAAAUACCUGUUUAACUAAUUAGUCAGACAUCUAAUCUUUAUACAAAGAAAGUAAAAACUCUUGAUUGCUUGUAAAUUAAUCAUCAAGAAUAUAAGCAAGGUUUCAUUUCCUUAUGAUAUUCUGUGACAUUUCUUUAGUUUGAACAAUUAUUAUAGUAGUACAGAACUGGCUAAAGUAUUUACUAGUUUGUUGCUCAACUGAUAUACUCUCAACAGUUGUUUGUUCCUUGUACAAUUGUGAAAAAUGAGUGAUAUCAGAAAUUUAACAAUAAUUUAAUUAAAAUCUUUAUAAUGAAUGAGUAUGUGUAUUUAUUUGUAUUUUAAACUCUAUUGGCCAUGUGAAGAAUAAUUGACUAAAAAUGGCUUUGUUGAAACUUGUCAAUAAAAUCUGUUGUGUAUGUGAAAGCAGUUAUAUGCCAAUAAAAAAAAAUUACUCCUCAGAUAACUUAGUGUUUUUUCUGUAACAGAAAGCAUAUAUACUUUGAGAUGAAAAUUGAAAAUUCAACAAGUAUUUCAGCAGAUUGAAUGAACAUAUUCAAGUGAAUGAUUUACAUAAAUAACUACAGCUUUUACUAACUUUGAAAAUUGAAAUUAAAGAAAAGUAAUAAUUAAAAAAAAA